AUGCGCGCCAACGUUCGGCCAAAUGUUGUUUCUCGCUUCCGUGCUGAGUUUGGCCUCAUUACCGGGCAUCAGGGCCCCUGGACUCGCGCUCCGCCCCUUGCCUACAAUGCCAACUCUAUCACCUGCAACGGAGAGGUAGACGUCGCCGUUCAUGCGGUCGCCGAGCUCGGAGAAGAAGGAGAUGCCCCCAACGCCAACCCAGAAAUGACUGGCCCGCCCAAGACUUCUGGGACUGGUCCAGGCCAACCCGCCAUCGCGUCAGCGUUAGCGGCGGCCGCCCAACAUCAACAACGCGCCAGCAGGACUGCGUCCCCAAGCAGCCAAGUGGACAUGACGUCCAAUGACCCCGUCGCCCGGACUAGCCUCGGCGCCAGCGCCAGCAGCAGCGGCAAAGGCCCCUCCACCAGCUACAGGAACGCUGUCGCAGCCAACACCGGAAACGAUCCUGACACCGACACCGAAGCCGAAACUGCCCCGCUGUCCUUUGAAGAAGCCCGGAAGCUCUUUGAAGACGCAGGCAGCCCAACACUGACCAUCCCCCAACUCCCCGUCAACAAAUGGAACGAAGCAACCGUCUACAUCGUCAGGAACUACCACCAUGUCUUCCACACGCACGCCAAGCUGUUCUCUGCGAGCUUCACAUCUCAGGAUGCGUACCGCAAAGCCCUGCAAGAGGGCGUCAAACUAG